AAUCAUUUCAAUUUUUUCAAUUCGUUUGCUUGACGUUCACGGACGUGUAUCCGCACACAGCACAUACUCGAAUACGUUUCGCAAUAGAUAUAUCAAAAUUCUCUGUGUGGAUUCUAUCUGGAUUGUAUGCAACACUAAAUUGCAGGUGUUUUCCCGAUUUUCUAACGUCGCAAAAUUCUCAGUGCAAGACAAAAACAAACGCCUUAUAACAACACAAACCAAUUCACCAUCAUCGAAUUAUAACAAACACAACAAGUCGUCCGGAGGAACUGACUCCAAAAUAUCAAGUGGAAAUCGGAAAAGCAUCUGGACGGGAUUGGAAUAAAUAUCAUGUUGUUAAAAGUGCCAUCUGUGGACUGGACGGAUCAAAUAAUUUACGUCGUGGACGACGACGAGUCGCUGUCAGAUAUCGACGAUGAGCCAGAUUUCUCCGAAUACAUGUGGAUGGAAAACGAGGAGGAGUUUGACAAGAACGAACUGCAACGUCUGGAGGAGGAGGAGAUUAUGCAGGAGUGUUUCGAGGCCAUGAUUGAGGACGAGCUGGAAGAGCAGAUCAAUGAGUGGGAAAAGGCAAAAACGGAAGAACAGAACACGGCGCUUUCCGCACUGCCCAAGAGUCAGUGUAAUGUGGAAAAGUCUGUUCUAAAUCCAAUGGCCGAUGAGUUUAUUCCGCUUAGUCAUGUUAUGGAUAUCCCUGCCUCAUAAAGCCAGCUCAUAACCCGCCCGCCACCACAGAAUCACAAACCACCCCGAACCCAUAACACGUGGACCUCAUACGCGAAUAUCCUUAGAUAAACCGAAGAUCCUUCUUUUUUUUUUGCUAAGACUCGACUAAACAAAUUUCCGCUAAUGAGAUUGAGAUUGAUAAUAUGCCCAAGUUGAGCAGCUAGAGCAUUCGGAGGAAGUAUAGCCCAUGAAUAUCUAAUUUCUAGAUACCAAAAGAAACUAUAGAUUCUACUAACUCCAAAAUGCUGGCGACCGAAAUGCAAACGAAUCAUAUUUUUAAAAACCAUUAUAAAAACACAAAAUCACUGCAGAAAAAUAUAAAAAAAUAUGUUUAAAAAAAACCAACAAAGCGACAAAAACACAACUAAAAACUAAGAACAGACAAAUAACAAUUAACAAACUAUGCCACGUACAUCAAAAAGUACACUGUAAUUAGAGUUAAACACGAAUAUAUUGUUUGCCGAGAAAUUCGGAGCCCCCAGAAUCCGAACCCAAAAUGUUACGCAGACGCAGGCGCUUGCUGAAGCUAGUGAAAAUUUUGGUAUUAACGUACAAAACGAAAACAAAUGACUUUUUACACCCGACAAAACUGAGAGUCGUGACUUCUAACGACCUAGGAGUCAACAAACUAUAACUGAAACUACAACUGAACUAUGCCAAUUUCCAGCUAAAGCAAAUGUUAAGCAACAAACAAGACUCGAUUGUGUUAGAAAAAAACCAAUAUUAAACAAACAGAACUUGUAACCCUCAUGUCGUUAAAUUGAAAUUAUAUUCAAAGACUUUAAUAGUAGUUUAAAUUUGUAUUUAAUUUAACGUCCCCGCCCACUAUCUACACUCGUUUUUAAGUUGGACAUAUUGUGAAUGAUACGUGUUUACUAGUUUUUUUAAAAAUAAUUUUGCACCAUUGUUAACUCGUUGUACGUUUUACGCAAAAGUUACAAGAAGCGCUUGUUAACUUUCCCUCUGACUCUCGCAAUACUUGUAAUUUACAAUUGUAAUUUAGUGUACUAAAAACCAAUUGAGAUACUAAUGUUUAACGCCUCUUUAUACAAAAAACAAACUUCAUAAAUAUAUGUAUAUCUAGUGUUAAAUGAUAACAGACGAAACCAACGCUGCAAUAACAAAUAGUUCUGUAAUUUUAAGUGAAAACUUCUUUUGAUGCAUAUGCACAAAUAACUAAUUCAUUUUUGUUAUUUUAGUUUCGGCAUGUAGACAAAGAUAAAUUUAUAUUUUUUCAAUCAGCUUAGACUUAGUGACUUAAGACAGCAUUAAAAGAUCUACUACAUUACUUACGUUACGUGUGAUAUAAAGAUACAAAAAAAAACCCAAGCAAAAAAAUAUCAAAAAUGAUUUUAAAAAUCUCAAUAAAAAGAAGUAUUAUUAUAGCAUUAAAA